ACAUAAUGAAGCCAAUUAUCUCAAACAUUAAAUGGACCAAUUAAUCUUCAGACGAGUUCAUAUUUUAAAGGACUUAGCUAAUUUCUUAAAUACAAUUUUAGAAGUAUCCAUUUUGACCCAAUCAAAUUUACCCAGCAAAACUAAAAGCCAACCAUGCCAAGCUGAUACCCUAAUAUAAAUCAAUGCAUUUUACUUUUGUAUCAUAAUUAAGUACUAUUUAAAAAAUGACUGCCAGAACUAUCACCAAGGAAUAUAGCCAUUACUUAGUCAAAUGGGGUAGCCAAGACCAGACUGAACUACUUGUAGUUCCAAGAUCCAAGAUCCUAGCUGAAGGCAGAAUCAAAAUUGGAGACAUCUACAACACUAUUUGGGGUGACUCAUCAGCAGAAGCAGAUGAAGCAGAAAUGAUUGCCACUGGUGAGUGGCUGGAAAUGAGGAAACAACUGAAGUUAUACAAAGAUGCUUUGCCAACAGAUGCUUCCCCAGAGUCUUCACCAUCUUCACCAGCCAAAUCAACUGAUGAUUCAUCACCAGAUGUACCACCCCCUCCUAAAAGAAAAAGGGUUACAGUGCCAAAAUUGAAGCCAGAUGCCAAAGUAAUCCGUUGGUGUGAGGGUAUACGAGACACUGCUGCCGUAGAAGACCCUUAUCAAUUCAAAUCUGCAACACCAUCACCAGUUCUGCCCAUUGAACUUCAACCACCUACGCCACCAUCACCAACACCAUCAACUCCCCAAUCACCAAUUGCAGCACCUCUAGACAAACAGCUACCUGGAAACAGCAUACUGUUAGCCAUAGCAGACCUUAAGUCCCAGGUGCAAGUCCUCAACGAGCGGUCCCUAGCUCAAGAUGUUGCCAUGAGCAAACUGCAGCAACAAAAUGAGAGACUAAUUCACCUUGUACAGAGCCUAGUUGAUAAACCAAGUGCAACAUCUCAGAGUUUCACUCCACAUAGACCAUGGGGCAACAUGACAGCAACCCCAACAAGAGAGCCAAGACAACUCAUCCCAACUUCACUUUUUUCUCCGUCACCAACCAACACAACUGCAGUAACUCCUGUACCAUCACCUACCUUUAGACUACCAACUUCCACUAGAUUAGUUCCAUCAAGUAAUAUGUUCAAUGUGAUAGACAGUAAAUUUCAGCACAUACCAUCACAGUACCAGAUAGCAGCAGGUGAUCUAGUUCGGGAAUUCAAUUCAUCUUCGGGACCGGGUAAUUUUGCCAAACAUUUGUUGGAAUUUAUUUUCCCAGAACUUCAUACCCAAGAUUGUUUGAGACGCCACUUUUCCUACUGUGGUGACUUUAAGAACAACAAAAAUCCCUUGGACCCGGUACGUGUACAGUUCUUGAUGCAGUAUGUGUGCCACUUCUACCCUGAGGUAAAGCAGCCACAAGCUUGGAAACUAAUGGUAGUUACAAAAAUUAACCAAGCCCUGAGACGUCCAGUUAAACAGCCAAAGAGGAUCAUCUUUUAGUUGACUUUUGA